UCUACUGUUCCAAUUUGUUGUUCUCUCAACUCUUUCAGCACCUGUAAUGUAGGAUCACCGUCACGUUUCCUGGGCCUUCUCAAUGAUUCAUAGCUCAAAAAUCAGAGUUGAAGUAAAAGCGAUGAAGAACGUUGAACUUGGGUUUCUUUUAUUUCUCCUCCUUUUCAACCUUCGUUUCCUCUUUUCGUAUGGAGAAACUGGUGGUGUUUGUGUAUCUCAAGGUGGUCGUUUUCCGCCUUUCUCCUCUGAGGGGAAACCUCCUAAAAGGGUGGGGAAGGGACACAAAGAUUUGACACUUUGUAGAGUGUUUCGUAAAAAGACUUGCUGUGAUGCUGCCCAGACACAUCCCUCUUUGCUUUCUGUUAGGAGGCUGGCUUUAACAGGGGAAGCCAGCCAAGAGUGUUUGCAUCUGUGGGAACUGCUGGAAUGUUCCAUCUGUGAUCCACGAGUUGGCAUUCAGCCUGGACCCCCACAGAUAUGCACAUCCUUAUGCGAUAGAGUAUUUCAGGCCUGCUCUAAUGCUUACUUCUCAAUGGAUGCAAAGACACAGGUUCUAGCGCCAUGUGGAGUAAAUGACUUUGUUUGUGGUAAAGCAUCAGAAUGGGCAUCCAAUGGAACAGAACUAUGUCUUGCUGCAGGUUAUGGUGUUAAACAAUCUGUUGGCAUUCAUGGUGGUGAUGAAGAAGCAUCUUGUUAUGGUGGUAGAGCUAGUCUUGAUUCAAUUGCUGAUUCAUGGGGAGCAUCACGAACUGAGAAGCCCCACAAAACUGGGGACUCCGGGCUUUUAGAAGAUUUCCAGCAGUGGCUGCAGGAUAUGCCAUCUAAUGAAAGAGUUUCUUGGGCGGUAGGAGGCCUGGUUCUUACGGGAGGCCUACUUUUUAUAAGCAAAAGAAAGAGCCAUAAUCAUCGCCAAAAGCUUGCUGCUAUUCAACGAACCGCAAGGAGACUUGAAAGCAAGAUGAACCAGACAGCCCCUUCUUCCAGUCAAGGAAAUAGGAAAGGAAACCGAAGAUGAAACUUCGCUGCCGUUCUUCGAAUGUUAUAUUAGAAUCUGUCGGUAUCCUUGAAGUUCACAACCUCUCUUCCUGAGUUCUAAACCGAUCAUGAUUUUUGUGAACCCUCCUCCAGUUGUACCAGAUAAAUACGUCGUAAUUUACACAUUAAUAUAAGCCUAAUUUUG